AUGGGAAGCUGCGUAUGCACACCUGCGAAGGCAGGCGUCUACCACAAACGAAGCAAAGAUAUCAUCAAACCCUUGCCUCAAUGCGUACACGAUUCGCCACGCAAGUCUUCAGUGGCGGCUCCGGCCGCUGUCCACCACCGCAGCAUCAUCUGGGUGCUGGACAAAACCGCAGGGAACAACAUCUUUGACAAGUACGAGUUUGGCAAGGAAUUGGGGCGAGGGGAGUUUGGAAUUACCUACAGAUGCACCCACCGGGAGACGGGGGAGUUGCUUGCGUGCAAGAAGAUAGCGAAGAGCAAGCUGAAGACGGAGAUUGACGUCGAGGAUGUGAGGAGGGAGGCUGAGAUCAUGCGCCGUUUGCCCAAGCAUCCGAAUAUUGUCAGCUUCAAAGAGGCAUAUGAGGACAAAGAGGCAGUUUAUCUAGUCAUGGAGCUUUGUGAGGGCGGCGAGCUCUUCGAUAGGAUUGUGGCGAAGGGGCAUUACACAGAGCGCGCUGCUGCCACUGUCACCAGGACAAUUCUUGAGAUUUGCAAGGUAUGCCACCAGAAUGGAGUGAUACAUCGGGACCUGAAACCGGAGAAUUUCCUGUUUACAGAUAGCAGUGAAAAUGCUCAGUUAAAGGCAAUUGAUUUUGGCCUUUCUAUAUUUUUUGAGAAAGGUCAGAGAUUCAGUGAAAUUGUUGGAAGUCCAUAUUACAUGGCUCCGGAGGUCUUGCGGCGCAAUUACGGGCCUGAAGUUGAUGUUUGGAGUGCAGGGGUUAUCCUUUAUAUCCUACUUUGUGGAGUUCCACCAUUUUGGGCAGAAUCUGAGGAAGGAAUUGCACAGGCAAUCGUUCGGGGUAGCAUAGAUUUCGAGAGGGAGGCAUGGAAAAAGGUUUCUGACGAAGCAAAAGAACUAGUGAAGAGAAUGCUUGACCCAAAUCCUUUCAACAGGCUUGGAGUUGAAGAAGUCCUUGAUCAUCCCUGGAUACGACAUGCGAAUCAAGUUCCCAAUGUUCCUCUGGGAGGAAAUGUCACAUUAAGGAUCAAGCAGUUCUCAUUGAUGAGUAAGUUCAAGAAGAAAGUUCUCAGAGUGGUGGCAGACAACUUGCCGGACGAUCAAAUAGAUGGGAUCAGACAGUUAUUCAAUAUGAUGGACAUUGAUAAUAAUGGAAACUUGAAUUUUGAAGAACUUAGAGAUGGUCUUGUGAAGAUUGGACACCAUGUCACUGAUCCUGAUGUGCAGAUGUUAAUUGAUGCUGCGGAUGGUGAUGGAACCGGCACACUGAACUGCGACGAAUUCAAUGACAGCGGCUAUGUUGAGUUCGAUGAGUUGAGAGAAGCAUUGCUAGACGACAAACUUGGCCCCGCAAAUGAGCAGGUUAUCCAAGACAUCAUAUUUGAUGUUGACUUGGACAAGGAUGGACGGAUAAGUUUCGAAGAGUUCAAAGCGAUGAUGAAAUCUGGCAUGGACUGGGAAAAUGGCUUCUCGUCAAUAUUCGAGGGCAAUGCUAAAUGCACUUAG